AGGACCCAUAGAUCACAUCCGGGGCUGGUUUAUUCUAAUAACGAAACGUCCAACCCGGAAAAAAAGACAAGUCGUCUGUUAUCCGAGCACACAAACAAACACACGGGAGGGUGAGAGUCUGCUGCACGCGGGCCUCUUUAAUGCGGCACUUUGUAAAAGUUGUUAAAACAUCGUGUAACAUGCUCGGUACUCAACAAACUCUCCGGCUCUCUCCUCUCUUCGCGACCGCUCGGGGCGCUGGCUGUGGCGCACACUGACUCUCAGCACAGCGGUGAUAUGUGAUAUUAGCAGCAUGCCAUACGUGGACCGGCUCAACCGUGUGUGUGGCUUCCUGGACAUUGAGGAAAAGGAGAGCAGCUGCCGCUUCCAGAGGCGAUACUUUAUCCUAGACAUACAGGGAAAUGCGCUCCUGUGGUACAUGGACAACCCUCAGAACCUGCCCAGUGGAGCCAGCUUCGUUGGCAGCCUGAAACUAACCUACAUCUCAAAGGUGAAUGAAGCUACAGCCAAACAGAAGCCCAAGACAGAGUUUUGCUUUGUCAUUAAUGCAGUUUCUCGGCGGUAUUUUCUACAAGCUAAUGAUGCAACUGACAUGAGAGAAUGGGUGGCUGCUCUCAACAAGGCCAGCAAGAUUACUGUUCCCAAGCCUGGCCCCGCUCCUCCAAGGUCAGAUAUGACAGCGGUACUCAAAGACCCUCAGGGUGGGAAGAAACAGCAGGCCUACAAGGCGGAGAUCAUCGGUGGAGUGGUGGUUCACACUCCCAUACAGAACGAGGGUGAAGACUCAGAAGGGAGAGAGAGGAAGGGCAGCAGGCCAGGCGUGCUGAGGUGUGGUUACUGUGUCAAACAAGGAAAUGUGAGGAAGAGUUGGAAGAGGAGGUUUUUCACCCUGGAUGACAAUACAGUCUGUUACUACAAGUCUGAGACAGAUAAAGAGCCUCUUCGAGCCAUUCCACUGAGAGAUAUUCAGAAAGUCCAUGAAUGUCUCGUUAAGUCGGGGGAACUCCUUCUGAGAGACAACCUGUUUGAGAUCAUCACCAGCUCCAGAACCUUCUACAUCCAGACAGACUCUCCAGAGGAGAUGCACGGUUGGAUCAGGGAUAUUGAGAUGAAGAUCCAGAGCUUUAGAGGUCUCCCUAAGGGUUUUCAGUUCAAACGCUCGUCCUCUCAGUAUCAAAGUCACAACUCCUCCUCUCGAGGCCAUCAUGGCGAUAACCGCAGACCUACUCUGGUCAAGUCGUGCUCUGUGAACCCAGGCUGGCAGCCCUGGAUGCCCGUCCCGCCCGGUGAGCCCUCCAUCCUUGACGUAGAUGAUGAAGAUGGCCCUUUCAGCCCUGUGCCCACUGUGCCAUCCCUCUCCUCCUCCUCCACCUCUUCCUCCACCUCCUCCUCCUCUAACUCCCUCUCCACCCCGGCUCCUUGCCCCAGCGUGCCUCCUGCUGCUUCCACCAGUGGACUGGGGAUCCUAACGGCAUCUGGGGACGUGGCCUGUGGGCGACGGAGGCACCGCUCGCAGCCUCAGCCUCACAGCGGCUGCAGCUUCCCCUUCAGCCUGGAUGAUGAUGGCAUCCGCACCACUGAUGUCUAAAUUAACAAAGUCUUAUGUGUUGGUACGUCUCUGCUUUGAAAUGAAUGUGACUGGUUCCAAUAGUAUUCCCUGUAAAUGAAGUGACACUGUGACCACCUGCCUCGAGGCCAUGACUUGAGAUCAGGGCCCUCUGCUGGUCAUGUAGCUACACUGCAGAUGAAGGAUGCUACCAGCUUGAAAGAGGGGACCAAGAAGAAGUGCAGUGUUUGUUGUUGACAGGACUGUGAAGAAGUUUGAUGGAGUAUUUUAAUGUGCAACUUAUUCUGGAAACUUGAAUAAUCCUGUUAAUAAUUGUCCCUCCAGACAAAUUAUGGCACAUGCUUUAAAGCUAUUGCACUUGGCUCCAAAUGGAGAUGUUACUCUGUCAUCACAAACAUUUUCUACAGUCUGAUUCUUAAAUAAGUGUUCAAGGCAUUUUAAUACAGUAGUAUGCAUCAUUUUUAUAUUCAAGCUUAUGAGCUCUUUUUCCCUUCUUUCUCUGGGACACACUGUAUAUGUAAGGCCUCUCAUCUGCUCACCUUCGUUAAUGAUAACCAGCAUUUUAUCACUAGUGAGUAAUCAGGUGUGUGGGGGUAAGUAUAAUAAAUGGUACAAACUGUCUCUCAUACCUGCUGGCUGAUUGCUCCUCUGUCUUUGCAGACAGAGAGCACUGGGUCAGCAGUAGAUUUUAGGUUCUAGCUUUUAAUAUUUGCCCGAAGAUCAAUGUCAGUAAACUGUGACGCGUCUGAGCUCUUAAUAUGGUACCAUAAUCAUGCAGCAGUGUUUUCUGAUGGUACUUUGUAGCAGUAUCUACCACUUUCAUUAAACUACAGCUGUUCAGCUGGUUGACAGCUUUGUAAAUGUGAUUUUCUUUUUGCAGCGUUACAUGGGGGGAAUAUGCCACUACUUCUGCUAAUUUAAUGUAGUUCCACAUUUUGCUUUUCUCCAUUUUGUCUAUUUUUUGACCUAACAUCUUCCUCUGAGUUAAAGCCUCAGAUACUUUCUAUUGUUACACCAGUAGUCACUUUAAGACUCCAUUGUUGUGGCACCAUGUUCAUUCCUGUUUGUGUGCACUAUUCUGCCAGCAUGCAAUGUUCAUUUUAAUUUCGUGUACAUUAAAUGCUGCUUUGUA